UAUUGAUGGCAUGCAGUAUCCUAUGGCUUCUCCUCCAUGCCACCCCCCCAUGGAGAAUGAGCGUGUAAUAUAAUAUUGCACGUUGUCAAGACAGCAUGACAUCACACAUCAGAGCUCAUGCGAAGAUCCAGUGACAACUUUUUUGCUGCGCAUGUGCUCAAUAAUUUCUUUGUUUGCCAGGAAAGAGAGAAGACGAGGCUAAUCCAGUGCUACUGUGAGGAUUACCUAUGCUAUAAUUAAGCACUAAAUAAAUAAACUACACACUGAACACCCAAAAGGGUCCCGGGUCGUCUCAGAGUAUGAAGAAGACUAUUGGUCAUCGAGGAAUUGACCCCACUGGAGAGACCACUUAUAAAAAGACAACCUCUUCUGCCCUGAAAGGAGCCAUUCAGCUUGGUAUUACCCACACUGUGGGAAGCCUGAGCCAGAAAGCUGAGAGAGAUGUUCUUAUGCAGGACUUCUAUGUGGUAGAAAGCAUCUUCUUCCCUAGUGAGGGCAGUAAUCUGACUCCUGCACAUCACCAUGGUGACUUCCGCUUUAAGACUUACGCACCCAUUGCCUUUCGUUACUUCAGAGAACUCUUUGGUAUUCGACCCGAUGACUACCUGUACUCUCUGUGUAAUGAUCCUCUGAUUGAACUGUCGAAUCCUGGUGCAAGCGGCUCGAUCUUCUAUGUCUCCAGCGAUGAUGAAUUUAUUAUUAAAACAGUCCAGCACAAAGAAGCGGAAUUCUUGCAGAAACUGCUGCCAGGAUAUUUCAUGAACCUGAACCAAAAUAAACGGACGCUGCUGCCCAAGUUCUAUGGACUAUACUGUGUGCAGGCAGGGGGGAAGAACAUACGCAUUGUAGUGAUGAACAACCUUCUUCCACGCUCCGUACCAAUGCACCUCAAAUAUGACUUAAAAGGCUCGACUUACAAGCGUCGGGCCUCUCCCAAAGAGAGGGAGAAAAAGGUGCCCACCUACAAAGACCUUGACUUCAUCCAGGACAUGCCUGAGGGAAUUCAGCUCGAAUCCGAUAACUACAACGCUCUCAGUAAGACCAUCCAGCGAGACUGCCUGCUGUUGCAGAGCUUUAAGAUCAUGGACUACAGUUUGUUGGUUGGAAUCCACAAUGUGGAUCAGGCGAGCCGUGAGCGUCUCGGUGCAGGGGAAAGCUGCAGACCCGUGGAAGGGACGGUCACACCAGACCAGAAGAGGCCUCAGGCCCAGAAAGCCCUGUACAGUACAGCUAUGGAGUCCAUCCAGGGAGAGGCACGCGGGAAGGGCACAGUAGACAGCGAGGACCAGUGGGGAGGUAUCCCAGCUCGAAACAGUAAAGGAGAGCGGCUACUGGUUUACAUCGGCAUUAUUGACAUUCUACAGUCAUACAGAUUUGUCAAGAAGUUGGAGCAUUCCUGGAAAGCCCUGGUUCACGAUGGGGACACUGUCUCUGUUCAUCGACCAAGCUUCUAUGCAGAGCGAUUCCAGCGCUUCAUGUGCAACACAGUAUUUCGGAAAACACUGAAGUCCUCACCGUCGAAGAAGGGCCGUGCAGGUUGUCAGAGUGUGGCUAGGAAGCUGCCCAUGGGCACUGCUUUACCGAGUGCCCAGUCUAGCAGCCACAUGCUUCUUGAUCCUCGACUCGUUUAUCGUUCCCACUUAUCCCAGCCUGACACAGAUGUUGAAAUUGGUAUGCAGUCAGGCAGACCUGACCUCCUCCCGAGCAUGCCUCCCCAGUCUGGAACCUUGAGUGAAGUUGAAGCAACGGAUAUGCCAAAUCCUUCAGUACCCCCCAUCAGGUCAGUAGGGGUUGAAGUGCACAAAUCUGCAAGCACAGAACCUGAUAGUAACACUUUCCCCAGUUUGGGAGCUGAAGCUGUCGACGAACAGAUGGGUAAUGAAGAUGCCGUUUCUCUCAAAGACAUCAUCCCAGAGACCAACAUUUGUUUUUAAGACUGCCUGAAACCGUGAUGCAGCAAAAGGGGGAGACGUAAAAAUGCAUAUAAACGAGAGCCUCCGAUCAAUACUAGAUAAGCCGUGGGAAGGAGGGGAAGGAAUUCCAAGCCUUUGGAGUGAUACCCCAGUGGAUAUGGGCAGAAGAGUGUGAUCGAUAGACACUCUACUCUUUCUCCAACACAGGGUAUGCUGCUAUAACUCCACCUGUUGACUACACAGUUCCUUCCCUGAGCUUCAGUGUUGUCUUUGGUCUCGCACUGCACGUUGUUGAUGAACACACAGAUUCUGGUCUUUCCAUUCAAACACGGUGUUGUUGCUCGUACAUACAUAUACUGACAAAGAAGACUGGUGAAAUUAUUUAUUCUAUAUAAAUUCUGUUCUGACUUUGCUCUAUUUUUGCAAGUUAUUGGAGGACUUUGUGAACAAAUUAUAUUGGUAUUUCAUACUGUGUGUUAACACUCUCUCUCUUUUUAUGUCAGACAGUAUUAGUUAAAUACUCUUGUGGGCUUUUUACUUUAUGAAGGUGAUCUAAACGAUUCCUCCACAGAGAUCUGCUUUUGCAGUAUUGUGUGUACCAGGCAUGUGAUUUACUGUUUAACUGUAGGGUUAUUUCAGAAUGAUGCAUCUUCAGACCUGCAGAAACACACUGUUUUAAGAGAAGGAUGCUUGAGCAAACCAAGAUGUGUGCCCUGUUCAGUAAUUAGUUCCUCUAGCCCUGGGGUGUAUGGGGUUGUGACUGAGAUCUACCUGUUAUUUGACUGUUCAACAUUCAACCCAAAAGGUAGUUUUUUUUUUUUUUUUCCCCCCCUCACAAAAACGAAGAAGCAAAUAUUGUUCUUGUACUUGUCUGUUCUGCUCGUGUCUUAAUCAGUGUUUUUGUGCCAGUCACUUAUUUUCUGUUAAUUUUUUUUUUGUUAUUCUCCUCUUUGGCUCUCCUAAUUUGUAUAUGCAUUUGAAGAUCUUGUAAACUUUUGUCACUCAAGUGUUUCCAUUCUUUUAAACGGACCAAUCAACAGUGUCUAUUGAUUAGUGGAUUAGCAGGGCUUGCUUGUUUUUAAUGCCAGUGGCCUUCAGUCCAUUGAUUUUUGUACUGUAUUUUUGUAAAUAUUAUUCACUUUUGUGUGUUUGCAUACCUAUUAUUAUAAAGACUAAUUAUGCUUUUAUGAAGCAGUAUGUAUUCUAAACUAACAAAUUAACGUGUUUAUAUUUGUUCUCCUUUCUUGGCAUGCCUCAUGUCUGCUUCACUAAGUGUGCACUCUUACAAGAGCCUGCUAAUUUCUGCUGGAUACAGAAAUUACUUACAUUUGGUACAUUUACUUAUGCAAGUGGUCAUUUCAGUGCAACAGUCAUCAUUACAAUACUUUUUGGCUCAUUUAAUUACCUCAUUUAAAAAUUUCAGCUCUUUGUGCAUUUGUGCUUAAUUUCCCCCUUCAUUAUAUCCUAACAAACCUUUUUCUGGAAGCACACACUCUAUUUAAUCAAAAUUGUCCAGUUAAUUUUUUUUUUUUUUGGGUUGAGCGUUUUUUUGCACAAAAGGUGUGAAGGAAGUUGCUUCUGGUCGUCCCCCCCCCUUCGGGUCAGGGACAAAAUUGGAACAAGAUCUUGGUGUAUAUAGCGACUAUAUAUGGUGGUGUGCUCAAACUAAAGGCAGUGUCGAUGCAUCAUGGAAGUAUUUUAUAUUGUGCUUUUUGAUUUGGGGUAUUUUGAAUGAGGUGCAGUGUGGGACCAAGUGUUCUGAUUUUGUGCGGUUUUUUUUUUUUUUUAUUUGAAGUGCAGAGUUGAGCUGCUCCACAAGAAACCAAGUGGCUGAAGGUGCAUGAGUAUGUUUUGAAUGUGCACUAACAGGGUGGGACUUUCUUUUCUUAUUGAUAAAAGCACUAUACUGGUUUGGUUAUUGAAACGCACUAGUGUUCUCUUGAGUACAGUAACUGGUGUGCUGUUCACAGCUGAUGAAGGGGUAAUUUACAGUGGCCAACUUGCUGCUUCAUCCUGUUCUUUCAAAUACACUGUCAUUGGUAAUGAUGCAAUUUGCAUCACAUGACACUGCUGUUGUUUCCAGAAUCUGUUUGAUAGGUUACCUUCACUAUUCUCUCCUGCAUCGUUUCAUCUCUCUCGCUCGCUGCUUCUUCCCCCCUUUCCCAUGCCAGUUAAACUUCUACAUUUAAAAAGAUGCACACUAUGCAUCAUAAGCCAGUAAGAGAGCUGAAAUUUUCUAAGUACGUCUUGUUACAUGAAGAGCCUUGAAAAUUAACCUUAAUGAUUUUGUUAGGCACGUUUUAACUUGGAGUUGAAUAAAACGUGAAUUAUUUUGUAACCUUAAUUGAAAACUGAUACUGAAUGUCAUUAAUUUCAUCACCUUCACAAGUGCCAGAACUUAUGUGAUUAUGUGGUUCCAGUUUUGGCCACCGAGGUGCUGGAUAUCCAAAAGGAUCCUAACUGAAUACAGUAAAUGUUUUCACGGGUGUGGUAUGCAGUGAUAUAUACAGUCAACUGUGCACCAGACUCUGAGAAGAGAAUCUUUGAUUUUGCCAAAUAAGAUUUUGUAAAAGCUGUCUGUGUGGAGGAGAGAUUAAAAUCUAAGCUGAGCUCAAAGAUUUAAACAGGAUUUGCAAAAGUGGAUGAUGCUAACAUUUUCUUCUGGAAUUGCUAUUGUUUCACUUGUCUUGGGUUCUGUUGGGUUGUUUUUUGUUGGGUUUUUUAAAUUUAAUUUUAUUUAUUUAUUUUUAAACUGGCUGAAAUCUUGUAACCACAAAUAACCAGUGUUCUGAUGUUCUGACCAGAGUAACAUGACAUUUGAAGAUUAUGCAUUUUCCUGUUGACAAAGCAAGUGCAAAAUGUGCUCCAGUGGUUGAAGUUUCUUGCACUGUGGUCAUGUAUCUUUUAACUGCAUUGUUCUUUCCAGUGUGCAGUGUAACGCCUUGUGUGUACUCAGUUUCAACCAACCCUAUCAGCUUCCAUUAUUAUUAUUAUUAUUAUUAUUAUUAAUAAUUUUUUUUCCUUCUAAUAUUGUUCUUGAGAUCUGAUCUCCAGUGCCCUGAUCAAGGCAGGAUUACCUAGUCAUAUGACCGGUGCCUGUAGACUCCUUUGUGUCUGUGUGGUUCAAAUUUGUGUUAAGUGAAUGAUGAGUGAGUAAUCAGCACAACAGACACAUCAGUCUUGCACAAUUCACACAGGAUAAUAUGCUGGCAACAAAGACACUACCAGAUGAACUAUUGCAAUACUACAUUUCUGCCAGCUUAUGUUUUGGUAACUAUUUAUUAGGAAACCUUUUUUUGUACCUUGUGUGAUUGUAAGUGUGAAACCUAAUAUUCUGUGUACCAUAGACAAUUGUUUGAAUGCUGUAAAGCAACAGAAAAUCAUUUUUUGAAAUUGCAUUUCUGGCAAAGGAAGUCUGACAUUGUACACUGUUGUGUUUAAGGCAUUAUAUGUUGUGGUUUGUUUUUUUUAAUAUAAACAUGAAUGUCGGUUUCAGGAGUAGAAAGAUUGCCUAUAUUUUUACUCAGCUUGUGUAUAAUGUGUAUAUGUACUGUAUAUAAGCAGCACGCAAACACCCCUGCCCAUUUCCCCAUCAUGUUAAUCACCUGCCUUUCCUAUCAAUUUAAUAUGGUGGUGGGUUUUUUUUUUCUUCAUAUUUUCUUAGACUUUAAGUAGGCUAAUAAAUUUUUAAACUUUU